GGCUGACAGGGACAGCAAACCGUUGAUCCUGUCAGUCCUUACAGAGCGCAUAUCCUUGACUAAAACGCGGUUGUUGAACAAGUGUCUUACUAAAACUCGACUUAAAACCGAAAUACUUCAUUUUUUCGACUAAACCGUUUAAAGUUUUUUUAUUAGAAUGGCGUUUUUGGAAGAAAUGAUCGAUUCGCCACCACCGUCGCUGGAUGGAAGAAGACCGUGAUCUUGGACGCGCUCGAGCGGACUGAAGAGCUUGGUUUCUUUUGAUAUUUAAAGGCUUUAUACCCAACAACGACGACGAAAAAAACGGCUUCGAGCUGUAUAGAAAGCCUUUUUUAUUCAUAUUUGGUAUUAAUUUGAAAGACUUGUUGUAAGUAGGGGUUAAAAUGAAAACGUGAGGCGUCGUUAGUGCGGAUUUAAAUGUCUCCCGCAGAGGGACGCCGCUCUGCUGUUUGUGUCCUCGCUCAAUAUAAGGCGACAAUUUCGAUUCAAAGUACCGUUCGUUCUGAGGUAAAACUGGGCUAGCUGAAGCAGGAGUUGUGUAAACAGGGCUAUCUGAAGCAAUAUGGCUAAUGGCUGGGGCUGGGGACGCCGUCAGGAGCUCUCCAACGCUACCCAAUGCUAGCUGUGACAGACCUGAACGUUUCCAGAGGCAGCGACGGCAGCAUUAGAAUGACUAAUAAUAUCAACUACAAACAAAACUCGGACUCCUCUGUUUCCAUAUCCAAGAUGGAUGUGAUCAUCCCCUUUUCCCCAGACGUGCCGUGCGAUAACAAUGGCCAGCGCAUGUGGUGGGCUUUCCUCGCCUCGUCCAUGGUGACGUUUUUUGGGGGUCUCUUCAUCAUCCUCCUGUGGAGGACCCUCAAGUACCUGUGGACUGUCUGCUGCCAUUGUAGCAUCAAAACCAAGGAGGCCAAGAAAGCAAAUAACAGUCAGGCCGAUGGGCAAGUAAAGAGCCAGGAUGAGAAGGAAGAAGUGCCAGUUAGUGAGGUGGGCUGGAUGACCUCAGUAAAAGACUGGGCGGGGGUCAUGAUCUCAGCACAGACUCUCACCGGAAGAGUACUGGUGGUGUUAGUCUUUGUGCUUAGUAUCGGAGCUCUUGGAAUAUACUUCAUAGACUCAUCUGAUCCUAUAGAAUCCUGUCAGAAUUUCUACAAAGACUUCACGUUACAGAUCGACAUGGCAUUCAACGUGUUCUUCUUACUCUACUUUGGUCUGCGUUUUAUCGCAGCCAAUGAUAAGCUGUGGUUCUGGCUGGAGGUGAACUCGGUGGUGGACUUUUUUACAGUACCGCCAGUGUUCGUGUCAGUGUAUCUGAACAGGAGCUGGCUGGGUCUGAGAUUCCUAAGAGCCUUGAGACUGAUACAGUUCUCAGAAAUAUUACAGUUUUUGAAUAUCUUGAAGACAAGUAAUUCCAUCAAGCUGGUAAACCUGUGUUCCAUCUUCAUAAGCACAUGGCUCACAGCUGCAGGAUUCAUUCAUCUGGUGGAAAACUCAGGGGAUCCUUGGGAAAACUUCCAAAAUUCCCAACCACUUUCAUAUUGGGAAUGUGUGUACUUACUUAUGGUCACUAUGUCCACGGUGGGUUACGGCGACGUCUGUGCUAAAACUACCCUCGGCCGCCUGUUUAUGGUCUUCUUCAUUCUCGGCGGUCUGGCCAUGUUUGCCAGCUACGUCCCUGAAAUCAUAGAGUUAAUAGGAAACCGCAAGAAAUACGGUGGUUCCUAUAGUGCGGUUAAUGGCAGAAAGCAUAUUGUGGUCUGUGGUCAUAUCACUCUUGAAAGUGUAUCCAACUUCCUCAAAGACUUCCUACACAAGGACAGGGAUGAUGUCAAUGUAGAAAUUGUUUUUCUUCAUAAUAUUUCCCCUAAUCUUGAGCUGGAAGCCUUGUUCAAACGUCACUUUACUCAGGUAGAAUUCUACCAAGGAUCUGUUCUUAACCCACAUGAUCUGGCUAGAGUCAAGAUUGAGUCAGCGGAUGCCUGCUUGAUUCUUGCCAACAAAUACUGUGCAGACCCUGAUGCUGAGGAUGCCUCCAAUAUAAUGAGAGUAAUAUCCAUCAAGAAUUAUCAUCCAAGGAUAAGAAUAAUUACUCAAAUGUUGCAGUACCACAACAAGGCCCAUCUGCUAAACAUUCCCAGCUGGAACUGGAAAGAGGGCGAUGAUGCGAUCUGCCUGGCAGAGCUAAAGGCGGGCUUCAUUGCUCAGAGCUGCCUGGCGCAGGGCUUGUCCACCAUGCUCGCCAACCUCUUCUCCAUGAGGUCAUACAUCAAGAUCGAAGAAGACACAUGGCAGAAAUAUUACUUGGAGGGUGUGGCCAAUGAAAUGUACACAGAGUACCUGUCCAGUGCCUUUGUGGGCCUUUCCUUCCCUACAGUUUGUGAGCUGUGUUAUGUGAAGCUCAAAUUGUUGUUGAUCGCUAUCGAGUACAAGUCAGAGCAGAGAGAAAGCAGUAUUUUGAUCAACCCCGGGAACCAUGUAAAGAUGCAGGAGGGAACCUUGGGAUUCUUUAUUGCCAGCGAUGCCAAAGAGGUCAAAAGAGCGUAUUUCUACUGCAAAGCUUGUCAUGAUGACAUCACAGAUCCCAAAAGGAUCAAAAAGUGUGGCUGCAAGAGACUUGAAGACGAGCAUCCAUCAACGCUGUCACCCAAAAAGAAGCAGCGCAACGGAGGCAUGCGAAACUCACCCAACUGCUCGCCCAAAGUGACGAGACAUGACCCUUUACUUAUCCCAGGAAAUGAGCAGAUUGAAAACAUGGAUGUCAACGUGAAGAGAUAUGACUCCACUGGAAUGUUUCACUGGUGUCCUUCCAAAGACAUUGAGAAGGUCAUUUUGACACGGAGUGAGGCCUCUAUGACAGUUCUGAGUGGCCAUGUUGUAGUUUGUAUAUUUGGAGAUGUCACAUCUGCCUUGGUAGGGCUGCGAAACUUGGUGAUGCCUUUAAGAGCCAGCAACUUUCAUUAUCACGAGCUAAAACACAUAGUGUUUGUGGGCUCACUGGAUUAUCUAAAGAGGGAAUGGGAAACUCUUCACAACUUCCCAAAGGUGUCCAUCCUGCCUGGCACACCGUUAAGUCGAGCUGAUUUAAGGGCUGUAAACAUCAACCUCUGCGACAUGUGUGUUAUCCUGUCAGCCAAUCAGAACAAUAUCGACGAUGCUUCACUGCAAGACAAGGAAUGUAUCUUGGCAUCACUCAACAUCAAAUCUAUGCAGUUUGAUGACAGCAUCGGCGUCCUGCAGGCUAAUUCCCAAGGUUUUACACCACCCGGAAUGGACAGAUCAUCUCCAGACAAUAGUCCAGUGCAUGGCUUGGUUCGUCAGGCGUCCAUCACCACUGGAUCCAACAUCCCAAUUAUAACUGAACUAGUGAACGACUCAAAUGUUCAGUUCUUGGACCAAGAUGACGACGAUGAUCCGGACACCGAGUUAUAUCUAACUCAGCCCUUCGCCUGUGGGACGGCUUUCGCUGUCAGCGUGCUCGACUCACUUAUGAGCGCUACGUACUUCAACGAUAAUAUCCUGACACUGAUCCGGACGCUGGUGACAGGAGGGGCCACGCCGGAGCUGGAGGCACUGCUGGCUGAGGAGAAUGCUCUACGUGGAGGCUACAGCACGCCACAGACGCUAGCUAACAGGGACAGGUGUCGCGUGGCACAGCUCGCCCUAUAUGAUGGCCCCUUUGCAGACUUGGGGGAAGGUGGUUGUUAUGGUGACUUAUUUUGUAAAGCAUUAAAAACAUACAACAUGCUGUGCUUUGGAAUAUAUAGAUUAAGAGAUGCACACCUAAGCACACCAAGCCAGUGCACCAAAAGAUACGUCAUCACCAACCCACCUUAUGAGUUUGAGCUGGUCCCCACAGACCUGAUCUUCUGCUUAAUGCAGUUUGACCACAACGCGGGCCAGUCACGAACCAGUCUGUCCCACUCAUCUCAUUCCUCACACUCAUCCAGCAAGAAGAGCUCCUCAGUUCACUCCAUCCCUGCAACCAAUCGGCCGAACCGCAGCAGCAAGGCCAGAGAAUCCAGAGAAAAACACAAAAAAGAAAUGGUUUACAGAUGAACCAGACAAUGCCUACCCAAGGAACAUUCAAAUCAAGCCCAUGAGCACUCACAUGGCCAAUCAAGUAAAUCAGUACAAAUC